CAUAUCGACAAAUUUAAAAAGAAAGCGACGAAUUAUUGUAUACGAUUCGGUCACUCGUUAUGGUCCGCGAACCAGUUGCCAGCGCAAGGGGUUAAAAUCUUGAUUUGAAGUAGGUUAGGAUUUUAGACAACAAAAUAAAUUGGAAUAUUUCCUCAGUUUUAAGUAUAUUCAAAUAUGAACUAAGCGAAACAAAUAAUAAAUUUAUUACUUCUUAAUAAUAAUUUCUAUCCAGUCAUAUCGACGAAUUUAAAAAGAAAGCGACGAAUUAUUGUAUACGGUUCGGUCACUCGUUAUGGUCCGCGAACCAGUUGGCAGCGCAAGGGUUAAAAUCU